UCUCGUAACUUAGUCAAGAAAGCAAACGAAGAUACUGUAAGAAGAUAACGUCUUACUUGCCUAGCUAUACAUACAUAGAUCAAGCAAAAGCCAAAACCCUUUUGAAACAACAAGAUAUAUUCACUGAAUUAUCAUGGCAGGUCUUAUUAGAGAGCCAGUGAGGGUGGUGAUAAUCAACACGCAGUACGUGGAGACGGAUGUUAGGAGCUUCAAGUCAGUGGUGCAAGAGUUCACCGGCAAAGACUCUGCACCUCCAGGAAAUAGUGAUCAUAAGCAUCUAAAGAGAGGACUGUCAAGGAAAUUGACAUCAAUGGACGAGAUCAGGGCAAAAAGGGUUCGGUUGGAUGUUAGUGAUAAGGUUCCAAAUGCUGGUGGUGAUCAAGUUUUGAUGAGAGAUUUAUCGUUCAAGGAGUUUGAAGGAUUGCUCAAGGAGAUGCCAUCUAUGGAUGAGUUAUACCGAUUAUGGGCUGAUAUUUAAGUUUUCAUGCACUAAACAUAUGUUUAUUUAAUUAAUUCUACUAAUUGUUUCAGUAUUUGUGUUUAAUGUUAUGAUAAUGCAGAUUCCUCACUACUAUAAUACCUCAUUAAGGUCUUGUU